GCACGCGAGUGGUUAUCGUAACUGCAGCGUACUUCCAAGAAUGCAAUGGGAAAUCGUCAAAACCCCUCAUCCAAAGCAGCACCGUCGACCCCGACAACCGAACGGAUCGGAAGCAAUUGCCGGUACCGCUACAAAAAUGCUGACUACAUUGGUCGAGGAAAGUUUGGGAUCGUAUAUAAGGCCCGAAUAACGCGACGCGGGAAUUAUUCUGGGGAAAAUUUUGUGGCUGUUAAAGUGAUCCACCUGCACGAUCACACAGAGUUCAUGAAUGGCGGGGAAAGAUGGGAGAAGUGGCACAACCGAUUGAGAAGUCUCGUUGCGUUUAGACAUGAUGGUUUACUGACGUACCAUCAGGUCAGGGUUACCAGAUCGUUGACUGGAAGGGUGGUUGUGGAACUGGCAAUGGAUUACUGUGACGGUGGAGAUUUGGCGUCCUUGUUGAAAAUCCUCAAAGAACAAUCGCGUUUCCUGGAUUACGCCGCUGCCAUCAACUAUAUUGCCGAAAUUGUCAGUGGUGUUGAUUUCCUGCACCAACACAAUAUUAUUCACGGAGAUCUCAAGCCGGAGAACAUAUUGAUACGGCGCAUGCAUAGCACAAAACCAAAAUUGGUUAUCGGUGAUUUGGAUGAGUUGGUUCAUAUGCAGGAUCACGAAACCGCUUCGUGUGACAUAUCCCACCUCCGUGGAACCACGCGCUAUAUGGCACCCGAGAUACUGAGAAAGUUCGCGCAAACCGGACAUGAUUUGCCGGGACGGAAAACCGAUAUUUGGAGUCUCGGUUGUGUUAUGUUAGCCAUUGCCGAUUCGGUUAUGGGAGUUCAAAUUAGAAGUUUGCGCGAUCCAUUCGGCACAACCGUAGUUGAAGCAGAAUGCAGGAUACCGGAAAGCCGAUAUGUUGGUUUGAUCAUUGACGGUUACAUGCCAGUGGUCCCGGAUUCCGUUCCCGUGGAACUUGCUUUCUGCAUCCAGCAAUGCUUGCGUACCGAAAUCACCGAACGGAUUUCCGCGGAUCAAUUGUUUCGCCAAGUAAUUCUUCUUCAGAAGCAUUUGUCGCCACAGGUCAUUAUGCUUUUCCACUGCUUGGAUCAGGGAGACCGUGGGUCUAAUGUUCGCGUACAAGUUUUGGAUCCUAGUGCCAGAACCAUGCGUGAUUGUAAACUCCCAUCACUCCCAUCAAGCCUCGAUACGCUACAUUUCCUGGGAAUCUUCACGGCUAAUAGCACCCAAAUCUUGUGCCACGUACGAGCAAACGAGUUGGGUCACGAAUUAAUACUGUGGGAUGUGCCUCUGCAGACAUGGCAGUGGAUCGUGCCCUUGCAGCCGCUGCGCGCGAUGAUAUGUCCGAUCAUGAUCAAGAAAAAAAUUUACUUUUUUUGGAAAACUGAACAUCAGGAUUUGCUGUUUAGCGUGUUAAAUAUGUCCGACUGGCGCAUGGGAGCGUUACCGGCGCCUUCCUUGCCGGAUGGUGCGAGGGUGCACGAAGUCAUCUCCGGUGCACGUUUUGGCCAUCGACUGGUAUACUUUUCAACGCCGUCACUAGAUUCUGUCUUCAUGUAUGUGACGCGGUUUGAUACCGUUACCCGUGAAUGGGUGGGCUUCCGCCAACCACUCAGCUAUCGAAAGGGUUUUGCCACGGUGGUGGUGCGGGGACAUCUUUAUAUUCUGAGUGGAGUAAUUCCCGUCAACGCCCAGGAAAGUUCAGUUGACAGUUCUGCAGAGCCUACCAACCGAGAAGCGCCAUGCCAGAAGCUAAAUAUGCGAACCGGUGUUCUGGAGGCCAUACCUGACCUUAAAUAUCCACGGACAAACCAUUGUGCUUUCGCAAGGAACAGCCGCAUAUUUGUAUUAGGUGGCACCAUUGCCGUAUGCGCAGGUGAUAAUACUACGUCCGUCACAGAGAUGUACGAUACCGAGCGGCAUGGCCAGUGGUCUCUGGUGCCUUUUUGUAUGCUGAAUAGUCAAGAGCGGCUUUCGCCGUUAUCUGCUGGUAUCCCUUAUAAAAGUACCAAUGCAGUGUCAAUAAAUCGCCUGAUUUGGUUACCAGUUGCGGAUCCACGUAAUUAA